CAAACACCACGCAUGUAAUCUCCCAAUAAGAAUUGGAAUCCCCCGUCAAAUCAGAUUCCGCGAAUUCCCAAACUCGCCGUUUUCCGAAACCGAAGAGGGAAAAAGGAAAGUAUCGAAUUCCUCUAAAUCUCCUUAAAAUCCUUUCUCUCUCUUCAUAUAUCCAUUCCUUUUCGCCUCUCCCUUUUUUAAAAUCUAGGGUUUCGAGAGAAAAAAAAUCUUCUGAGAAGGGAUUUCGUCAUGGCUUCCAAACGGAUCUUGAAAGAACUCAAGGAUCUUCAGAAAGAUCCUCCUACUUCAUGCUCCGCAGGUCCUGUUGCUGAGGACAUGUUCCAUUGGCAAGCAACAAUUAUGGGUCCUCCAGACAGUCCGUACGCAGGGGGAGUCUUUCUAGUUACGAUUCACUUUCCUCCAGAUUAUCCAUUUAAACCACCAAAGGUUGCAUUCAGGACUAAAGUUUUCCAUCCUAAUAUCAAUAGCAACGGGAGCAUCUGUCUUGACAUCUUGAAGGAGCAAUGGAGCCCUGCCUUGACCAUUUCCAAGGUAUUGCUAUCCAUCUGCUCAUUGUUGACAGACCCAAACCCUGAUGAUCCUUUGGUGCCAGAGAUUGCUCACAUGUACAAAACCGACAGGAGCAAGUAUGAGACCACUGCAAGAAGCUGGACUCAGAAAUAUGCCAUGGGUUAAUCCGCAGUACCAUCUGGGCUUGGAGGAGAGGGUGUUCUUUUCCUGUUUCCCUUCGUUAUUUUGUUCAUGUUGAUGAUAUAUUUUCUGGUCAUUCGGUACUCUACUACUAUUAUAUAAGAUUAUUUGAAGCCCGAAUGUGCGAUCUUGUAUCUCUCUCUUCACUCCCUGAAAAGAGAAGAAGACUAAUCUCUUCUUUCUCCCUGUCAUUUGAAUGAAAAAAAACUUCUGGUUUUUCAUUGUCUGUAUCUGAUUGAACUUAAAUAUGGUGUUAGCUAAAGGAAAACUUGAACACUUGUAAA